UGUGUCUGGUUGUGUCGCAGCGCCGGUGGGGAGGAUGGUCAAGUUUUGGAACACGCCGCUGCUGACGGUGGGCGCGCUCACGCAUGACUUCUCCCAGAAGAAGACGAGCUGCGACGACGAGUACCACAUGCUGACCCGAGUCGGGUCGCUCGGCUUCCGGGACGUGGCGCUCUUCCUCGUCUCUGUCAUGGACCAUUACUCGUGGCGACGCGUCAUGCUGGUGUACGACAAGGACGGCUACCGGCGCGUCUCCGGGGAGCACACGUGCAAGCUCAUGAUGGAGGCCCUGGUCAAGCGGCUCAAGCAGCACAACCUGCAGUUCCGCGCCUUCGACACGGAGAAGGCGGCCAACCAGGGCGUCAAGGAGCACCUCCGCCGGGAGGUGGGCAACGACUUUAGCGCGAGGAAAGGGCGACAUGAGAUGUUCCAGGAUUUACCCGGCCAGUUGGGGCUCCAGUUCUUCCUCGUCGGGCGGAGCGCUGGGGAUGGUCAGCUCCACGCCGCCGUUGCGAGCCAGGACACGCCCACGAGCUGCCGCCACGCCCCGCCAUGUCUGUUAUGCCCUCGGUGCGGGGAGCGUUCUUCUCGCUCGGCGCGUCUCCUCCUGCGAUGCGCAGCUAGCGGCCGACGACAGCCCGCCACGCCCGGCCACGCCUCCCACGAGCCGUUGCACAAGCGCGGCUGGCAUGGCGGCAUGGGUCUGGUCCCGGCGCUGCUGGGGCCCAGGGCCUUGCGCGCUGCUCGGGGCCGGCGGCGGCGCGGACAGCUAGCUGAGCGGCUCGCCGAGCGGGCUCAAGGGCCAGCGGGAUGAAGCCGGGGCCCCUCCUGCUGCUGGUCGCGGCCGUCCUGGCGGGCGCGGCGCGGGCCGCCAGCGCGCCCAGGACGCUCAACCUGGCCCUGAUCGCGCCCGGCCAGGGCAACAACGACCGCAACCUGCCGCACAUCCUGCCCGCCAUGGACCUGGCCAUCAGGGCCGUCAGCCACCCCGCCGACGGCAUCCUGCCCGGCUGGAGCAUCUCGCUGCGGCACCGGGACUCGCAGUGCUCGUCCACGUACGGGCCGCUGGCCGCCUUCGACUUCGUCAUGAAUAGGACUGUGGGUGAGUACCUACCUAGCCAGCCCGUUCUGGG